CUUCUCUAGAUGGUCAAUGAAAGAUGCUAAAAAAAAUUAAUGGACUGGUCAAAAAUGAAGUGGCUUUAUAUCAACUGGAUUUAAUAGUGAAGGCAUUUUGAAGUAAUUAUAAUAUAUUUUGGAGUAUAAUAAACUUAAACAUCGUUUAAGGUGAAAAAGUAAUGGUUGUUAGCUUCAACGCCUUGCGAUGGCAAAGAAAAGGAAACCCGCAACGCAACUCGCUGCUCGGCGGUCUGCCCGUCGCGGGAAGCAGGCGACUAUUGAGGAGGUUGCCUUGGUAGGCGAAACAUCCACAACAGUAGAAGCAACAACAUCCAACACACAACCUAAAUCUCCUGAGACCUCCAGUGCAAAAGUUGAACAGUCAAGUACAUCACUAGCACAACUGUCUCAAUCUCAUAACUGGAAUCCUACUGUUAAAAUUUGCCCACCUGUAGGUUUGCAUAAGAAAUUUGGUAAAUAUCGUUGUUUAUUCAAUAAUGAUGAAAAUUCAAGCAGAAAGAGUGAUGUAUGUAGCGAUAGUGAAACAAAUAGUAGUGAUAUUAAAAUAGUGGAUCUUUGUGGUAGCUCGGAGUCAGAUUCAAAUGCUGCAAUAGAGAUCCAUUCUGAUACUAACAGUUCUGCAAGCCCUAGUCCUCUCAGCAUUUUGUCAAACCCUCAACAAAAUCAUAUGAAUAUACCACUACCUGCAUCAUCACAGUCUUCCGAAGUGUCUGUAGGAAAUGAGGCACCUGUGGGAAGUGAGGUUACUAUUUUAAAUGAGACCCCUGUGGUACAUGAGGUUCCUGUGAUAUAUGAGGUCCCUAUAGUAAAUGAAAUCCCCGAGGUAAAUGAUACCCAUGUGGUAAAUGAGACUCUUGAAGUAAAUUAUAAUUCUAUGGAUAAUAUUGAAAACAAUGUGCUACAAAUUCCUUUGCCUACAGAUGUAUCGGUAAUUGCUAAUGAUGACCAACCUGUAAGUAAUAAAGAUAAUGAAAAAGAAGUACAGGAAAAAAACAUUCCAUCUGUAGAACAAAUUGAGUAUGCCUGUGAUGAUGAGGAAAUUAUUACGGUAGUACAAAUCGUAGAAGAUGAUAAUCAAGAGCUUUAUUACGACAUUAAAAUAGAUAGUCCAAAGAAUGAGGCAACAAAACAGACAAAUGAAGAUGAAGAGUGUAAAAAUUAUGAUUCCGAUUUCCAGAAACACUUUGAAAAUCUCAACUUAACUGCUGAAUCUAGGUCCACUGCACAUUCACCUAUGGAUUGUUCAGAACUUGAAUAUAUACAAACCUCUCAUUGUAAUACCCCAGAUAUAUUUUCAAAAGAAAAUUCUUAUGAUUUAACAAGACCUGAUCCAAGCUUGACACCGAGUUCUAUAUUAUCCGAUGAGAGCAACUCAUCAAGAGUAACGGAACAGACGCAAAACAAUUCCAAUGAUUCCGCGGAAUCAUCACCAACAGGUGUAAGACGGUCAAACCGUAUAAAAACAAUCAGCAAUUUGAAACAAAAGACUAAAGGAUAUGGUUUAGUUAAACCACUAAAGAAAGCAUUAAUUACUCAAACAAAAUUAAAAUUAGAAGAAUUAGGCUCAGAUAGUCAAGAGAAAAUAGGAGAAACAAUAUCAAAUGUGAUACCACACUCCUCACAGUUUCCCAUUCCCUCUGAAAUGCCAGUCAAGGUUAAAUCACGUUGGAGAAGAUCAAGCGAGCUUGAAAUGGGAACAAAUUCACCUGCAGUGUCACCGUUAGCUAGUCCAGGUCUCCCUCAACGUGUACUUCCAUUAACGGAAGAACAAAUACCAACGGAUGUGGAACAAGCUGUUGUAGCAUUAACUAAAGAAGCAUAUGAUAAGAUAAUUGAAGAGAGAAUGAAUCAAUUUCAGCAUUUGGAUGAGAAUGAGUAUUUGUGUGAUCGUAUGAUCAGCAGAGACACAAGGAAGAUGAUUUGUGAUUGUUUUAUGACCAAAGAAGAGUUGGAACGAGGAGAACUUGCUUGUGGUGAAGACUGUCUUAAUAGACUGCUUAUGAUUGAAUGUAACUCCAGAUGUCCAGUUGGUGACCGUUGUACUAAUAGAAGAUUCCAGAAUAGAGAGAAUGCCUCUCUAAAGGUUUUUUAUGCAGAUAAGAAAGGAUGUGGAGUGGAGGCUGCUGCUGAUAUUAUAUCGGGUGAAUUUCUAAUGGAAUAUGUAGGUGAAGUGUUGGAUUAUGAACAAUUUUACAAGAGGGCGCAGUCAUAUUCUGAUGAGAACAACCUACAUCACUAUUUCAUGUCACUUAAAGGUGACACAGUUAUUGAUGCGACAAUGAAAGGAAACAUAUCAAGAUUUAUCAACCAUUCUUGUGAACCGAACGCGGAGACACAGAAGUGGACGGUCAAUGGAGAGCUGAGAAUAGGGUUUUUCAGUAAAAGAGAGAUUCCCGCAGGAGAAGAGAUUACUUUCGACUAUCAGUUUCAGCGUUUUGGCAAGGUGGCGCAGCGCUGCUACUGCGGCGCGGAGAACUGCCGCGGCUGGAUCGGUGCAGAACCUGACUCUGAUGAUGAUGAUGAUGAAGAGGAGGAAGAAGAUGUAUCCACAUCCAAGUCUGGUACUGCAGAGUCCGAGGAGCCUGGUGCAGUCGACCCAUCAGAGCAGCCCCAGCCACGCGUGCGCAAACCUAAGAGAAACAGAAAGUACAAACCUAAAGCCCCGGACCUUGUCCAAGAUGCUGAUAUUGAGGAGGACCUAGAAGCCCUAGGUCACAGCGGUGUGAAGAACCAGAGCCACACGCUGCGUCUCUCCCGUACGGUGGUUCGUGCGAAGACGCGCCGCGCGCAGACCGCAUUACUCCGCCUGCUGAGGGACGCUGAUCUGCCGUGUAGAAGACUGUUCCUUGAUUAUAGAGGUCUACGUCUACUGGCACCAUGGUGUUCUGAUGCUUCUACGGAGUUCAGAUUGGAAAUGCUUCUAACUGUGGACCGGUUGCCGAUUACAAACAAGACAAUGGUACAAGAGAGUCGCUUCUUUACGAUCGUGGAGCGAUGGCGCAGCGCCGGCGGACCUGCGCCUGAUCCUGUUUUUAUUGAUGAAGCUACUGGUCUUCCAGUAGAAUUGAACAAUAUAACAGCUCAAGACGCAGCAACAAUCGCUGAAAAGAACAAAGAGAAUGCAGCGAUGCUAGAAAAAGUUAGAGAUCUGUCUAGCCAGUUGUUGGAAAGAUGGUCCAGUUUGAAGGAGGUGUUCAAAAUUCCGAAAAAGGAAAGAAUACAGCAAAUGAAGGAGCACGAACGUCAAGCAAACGUGGAGAGACGCGCGGCGGAUUCAAGCGGCUCGCGGGAGAGGGAGCGAGAGAGAGAACGAGAGCGCAGAGACGAGCGAGAGAGACGGGACGAUAGGGAGCACCGCGAGAGGGAGCGGGAAAGGGAGAGGGAGAGAGAGCGCGAGAGGGAAAGAGAGAGGGAGCGGGAGCGCGAGAGAGAGCGGGACCGCGACCGCGACAGGUACAGAGAGCGGGAACGAGAGCGAGACAGGGAGCGGGACAGGGAAGAUAGAGAUAGGAGGAAACGAAGGAGUAGCCCAGAAGCCAGGCGAAGUAUACGUUUGAGCGAGCGCGUGCUGGCGGCGGUGCCCCCGCUGAGCAAGGAGGAGCGGCGGCGCGCGUUCGCGGAGGCGGCGGCGGCGGCGGAGGAGGCGCGCCGCGCUCCCCCCGCACCCGCACCCCCAUCAGCACAGCCCGCCUGGCCAUACUGGACGCAGCAUGACGCAUUCCAACAGAUGUUCCAGCCCGGCAUGCUGGGUCAGAUAAUGCCGGGGCUGGUGGGGGGCAUGGUGCCCCAGGUGUCCCAAGUGCCCCAGGUGCCGCAGGAGACGCAGGCAGAGUGGUUGGCCCCUGGGAGUGACUUCCACUCGCAGCCAGCUUUUGUACCUUCUUUCCCCGGAGCACAGUUCUGUAUGCCACAGCAUAAUAUGAUGGGCUUCGGUAUGGGAGGGUUCAUGUUUGGGCAACAAAUACCGCAGUCGUUCCCCACGCGGCCCGGCCAAGUGCCCACGCAGUCGAUGCCCACGAUGCCCACGAUGCCCACGCAGCCGGGCAUGGCUCAGCCCACGUUGCCCAACAUGCAGUCGCAGUUGCCCACGCUGCAGAUGCAAGCGCUAAGAAAUUCUCAAUCCAACCAAGCAGUGCAAAAUGCUAACCAGAUGGCGGGUGCACAAGCACAAGGAGGUGAGAAGGAGGUAGUAUUGCCUUCUUUGUGGCGCAGCGCGAGGGAUGUGCGCGGCCGCACUUACUACUACCACGUUAAGUUGCGACGACCGCAGUGGUUGCCGCCCCCUCCGGACCCUGAGGAGAGUUCGUCGGAGGAGGAGGUGGAGGCGAUGAGCGCGCUGGACGCGGCCGUGGUGCGCAGACAGGUGAAGGGAAAACUGGUAGAGGGAGUUAAUGGCAUUUAUGAAGGUAAAAACAAUUUUACUUAUAUUAAGGAAGUUUUCCUUAAAGAGGAGAAAAUGACAUAG